CCUCCAAAGGUUUUAUCACCCGUUUCUUUCUGCCAUCAUGGAUUUAGGUUUACUGCAAGUGUCCGCGCCAGGGUUGGCGUACAUUUGUCUUGGUGGUUUUGUAGUCCUGUUCUCGAUGAUAUCCCUCCUAGUAAAAGAGAAGCUUUAUAUCAAUGAAGUCGUCCUCGGCACCGGCUUCGGGGUCAUCAUAGGUCCUUACGUCGCCAAUCUAUUCACACCUCGCGAAUGGGGUCCCUUGGAAAGUACCGUAACAUUAGAGGUUAUGCGCAUCGUCCUCGCCACUGGCUUGUUCGCGGUCGGAGUCGAAUUACCAUGUGCAUAUAUGAAAGAGCAUGCCAAAAGCUUACUCAUAAUGGUCGUGCCCACCAUGGCCUUUGGCUGGGUCGCACUGUUUCCGGAACUCAAUUACAUCUCGUCUCUUUGCAUUGCUGCCUGUUUGACCCCUACGGACCCAGUCGCAUGUGCUGCCAUCACCCGUGGCAAAUUUGCCACUAAACAUGUCCCUGUGAAUAUCCGUCGGAUAUUGUCUGCAGAAUCCGCAGCGAAUGAUGGUCUCGCGUACCCGUUCCUUGCGAUAUCCAUUUACCUCACCGUAGAGACGUCCGUUCGAACUGCUCUUGGCAAGUGGUUCCUGGUGGGAUGGCUAUACCAGGUCAUACUUGGCACUGUUUUAGGCGCCGUCCUAGGCCUUCUAUUUUCGAAGCUCAUGAAGCUAUCCCACAAUAAGGGCUUUAUAGAUCGCGAAUCAUACGUGGCACAGUACCUGGCUCUGUCCAUCUUUACUAUCGGAAUCGCGAGUACCAUCGGUGCAGAUGAUCUUCUUGCAGCAUUUGCAGCAGGUUCUGCAAUUUCUUGGGACGGUCACUUCAAUGUACAGACAGAAGAUGACACAUUUUCUUCUGUCAUAGACUAUGUCCUGAACUGUGGCUGCUUCAUCUACAUCGGCGCUUGGCUACCCUUUGACGACUACAACUCUCCUGAAUAUGGUAUCACCCCUUGGAAGCUCGUUCUUCUUAUGAUUGCUAUUUUGGUUCUAAGGCGAAUUCCACCCUUAUUGGCGCUCUACAAGUUUGUGCCCGAGAUUACUUCCUGGAAGGAAGCGUUAUUCUCUGGCCACUUUGGUCCAAUGGGAGUCAGCGCGGUUUUCGUGUCUAACCUAGCUCUUACCCGUCUACCCACUCCGGAACACCCGCCUGCAAAUCAAGCCCAAUAUCUAGCCGCAACUAUUCAGCCUAUCGUUUCCUUUGUCGUUCUCGGUUCUAUUAUCGUUCAUGGCUUGUCUAUCCCGUCUUUCAACAUGGGUCGUGGUGUACACUCUCGCACGAUUUCGUUGACCAUGACGUGGACUAGCCGUAAUCGUGUCACGGUCCCAGAUUGGGUUCUUUGGGCCCGUGCUCCCGAUAUUGUGGAGUCAAGUGCAGAUGAAGAUGUAGAGCAAGGCUCCACCAAGACUCCUAAAGGCACCGAUGAAUCUGCUGUGAUUCCAGAUACCGGUCCCUCGGGUGCAACUUUCGAGGAUGUUCCUGGGUCGGUCGUGACCAGACGUCACAGUCGUGGUAAGGAUGACUCUUCUCCAGAACUGGUGCAGGUCAGUACUUUGUUUUCUAUCAAUAGUCCACCAAACUAA